AUGGGUAGAACACAAAAAAAGAACUCUAAAGGUCGUUUGGAUAGGUACUAUUACCUAGCCAAAGAAAAAGGUUAUCGUGCUCGUUCUUCUUUCAAGGUUAUUCAAAUCAAUGAGAAAUUUGGCCAUUUCCUAGAGAAGUCUAAGGUUGUUAUCGAUUUAUGUGCAGCACCAGGUUCGUGGUGUCAAGUUGCAUCCAAGCUAUGUCCUGUGAAUUCUCUUAUUAUCGGUGUGGAUAUCGUACAAAUGAAGCCGAUGCCAAACGUUAUCACAUUCCAAAGUGAUAUUACCACAGAAGAUUGUAGAUCCCGUUUAAGAGGCUAUAUGAAAACAUGGAAGGCAGACACUGUUCUCCAUGAUGGUGCUCCAAAUGUUGGUUUAGGCUGGGUUCAAGAUGCCUUCACACAAUCCCAAUUGACUCUGCAAGCCUUGAAGCUAGCCGUAGAGAACCUGGUGGUUAACGGUACUUUUGUUACUAAGAUUUUCAGAUCUAAGGAUUACAACAAAUUAAUUUGGGUAUUCCAACAAUUAUUCGAUAAGGUGGAAGCUACAAAGCCACCUGCCUCCAGAAAUGUUUCUGCAGAAAUUUUCGUUGUUUGUAAAGGUUUCAAAGCCCCAAAGAAGUUAGACCCACGUUUACUUGAUCCAAAGGAAGUUUUUGAAGAACUACCAGAUGGUCCACAAAAUAUGGAAGCUAAGGUGUUUAACCCUGAGAAGAAAGUCAGAAAGAGACAAGGUUAUGAUGAAGGUGAUAAUCUUUUAUACAAUACCGCUCCAAUUAUGGAAUUUAUUGAAACUGAAGAUCCAAUUACAAUGUUAGGUAAAUUAAACAAGUUUGACAUAGAUCCAGAAAAUAACGAAUGGAAAAUCGUAAACAAGAUGAAACAAACUAAUAAAGAACUUUUAUCAUGUAUUGAAGAUUUAAAGGUAUUAGGUAAGAAGGACUUUAAGAUGAUCUUAAGAUGGAGAAAGAAUGCUAGAGAUUUAUUAGGUCUUGAUAAAAAUGAAGAUGAUGAGGCUGUUGACGUAAAUCCAUUGACAGAAGAGGAACAAAUCGAAAAGGAGUUAAGCAACCUACAAGAGAAACAACGUUUAUCUAAGAAGCGUGAAAAGAGAAAGAAGAAUGAAACUAAACAAAAAGAAGUUACCAGAAUGCAAUUGAAUAUGUUAACUCCUGACGAUAUUGGUAUUGAAGCUGCUAAUUUAGGAAGAGAAUCUCUUUUCAAUUUAAAGACUGCCGAAAAGACAGGUAUCCUAGAUAAAUUGGCCAAGGGUAAGAAGAGAAUGAUUUUUAACGAUGAAGAGUUAGCGCACGAUAAUGAUAUUCAUAUCGAUGAGAAAAUGGUCAAAGAACGUGAUUCAUUUAAGGAUGCUGACGAUUUGGAGGCUGAACUAGACUCAAUGUAUGACAACUUUAAACAAAGAAAAUCGGAAAGAGAUGCUAAAUUUAGAGCCAGACAAGCUCGUGGUGGUGAUAACGAAGAAGAAUGGACUGGGUUUAAUGAUAAAAAAGCUGAAGAAGGUGAACAAGAGGAAAGUGAUUACGAAAUGGAAGAUACAGGAUCUGAAUUAUCUGAUUCAGACGAUGACGAGGCUAUUAAUCAAUUGAUAAGUAAGAUAAAGACCCAACCAUCCCAAUCUAAAUUGAGUAGUAAAGCAUCUAGGCUCUUUAGUAAUCCAAUUUUUGAUAACGUUGUCGCCGAUCUGCCUAAUAAAUUAAAUGCUGAUGGCGUAGGAUCAGAAUCUGUUGGUGAUAUCAGUAAACUAAAACCAAAGUCGAAUAAAAAUACCGCUACCGUUCAGAAGACUAACGAAGAGGUUGAUAGUAGUGAUGCUAGUGAUAAUGAAGAUUCAGACUUUGAAAUUGUGGCAAACAACGAAUCUAACCUUGAAGAUCUUGACUCUGAUUACGAUUCUGAAGAAGAAUCAAAACAAACAAGCCAAGAGAAACACAUGAAGGAAUUAGAUAUUGCUACUGUUGAAGCAAUGACUUUGGCCCAUCAACUGGCCACUGGCCAAAAAACUAAGACUGAUUUGGUCAAUGAAGGUUUCAAUAGAUACACCUUUAGAGAUACUGAUAAUCUACCUUCAUGGUUUGUUGAAGAAGAAGCUCAACAUUCGAAGAUCAAUAGACCUAUUACAAAAGAAGCUGCUAUGGCUAUCAAGGAAAAGAUGAGAGCAUUAAAUGCCCGUCCUAUCAAAAAGGUUGCUGAAGCUAAGGCCAGAAAGAAGAUGCGUGCUGUUGCUCGUUUAGAAAAGAUCAAGAGGAAAGCUGGUAUAAUUAAUGACGAUAGUGAAAAAUCAGAAAGAGAUAAGGCUGAAGAAAUUACUAGGUUAAUGAAGAAAGUCACCAAGAAACAAAGAACGAAGCCACAAGUUACACUUGUUUAUGCAUCUGGUGGUAACAGAGGUCUAUCUGGUAGACCAAAGGGUGUUAAGGGUAAAUAUAAGAUGGUUGAUGGUGUUCUAAAGAAUGAACAAAGAGCAUUAAAGCGUAUUGCCAAGAAACAUCACAAGAAGAAAUAG